AUGCCAACGUCUUGCAAGAAUUCUACCUACCUAGCUUCAGCUCAUUUUCUAGAAUCCGGCUGUCAUAUUGGUUCAAUAUGUAUGAUUAAUUUUUCGAGUUACACUUUAUUUUUGAUCUAUAAAAAGUCAUCAGAAGCGAUGAGAUCCAGUGUUCCUUUUAUGAUAAAUUUGCAUCUUUGGACAAUGUUUUGUGAUUUAACAUGGGGUGUAUUGAUACUCCAAUGUUUUUCAUGCCGGUUAUAGCAGCACAUGGCUCGGGACUAUUACUAUAUAUCACGACAGAUGUAACAGUUUUAAUCUGGCUUCCGUUUGCGUCUUUGGGAGGUGAGCAAUAAUUUACGGAUUUUGAGAUGUUCAAGAUUAUGUGUGGAUAAUGUUGUGCUUUCCGAAAAAUCUUUCCUUUACGCCUUCAGAGCUACUGUUUCAUUUCGUAGCUUACAACAUUCCUUUAUUAACCUCAAAAUAAUUCUACCCUUACUAUUCUUAGGUAUGGUAGCUUCCGUAGUCCACCUAUUCGAGAUACGCCACCAAGCAAUCGUCACCAACAGCAGAUUUGUCAUGAGACGAAAAUGGACUCGUCGGAUAUAUUACACUAUUUUCUCCGUUCAACUUAUCAAUUUCGGGCUUCCAGAAAUACUUACAGUACCUGACGAUCAAGUGAAAGCUAAACAAGAUGCAUUUCAAAAGUUUCCGUGUCUUCCUCCAAUAUUUUUUGAUGAAAAGUCAUCGGUUUUUCAAAAAGAUGCAAAAUUAUUCAACCCACAUAUGCAUAUAACAUGUCUGGUUUUUGGCGGGCUGGUCGCAUUUUAUUGUAUUCUACUAUACUGUGGCACCUGAUUCCACAGAACAAUCCAUCAAUUUCCCCUACAACUCGGAGAAUGCUCAAAAACUUUUUUAUUUCAAUGUGUAUUCAAGUGGCUAUUCCACUAUUUGUAAUAUAUCUCCCAAACUUGUAUUGGAAUAUAUCCAUUAGCUUAGACUACUAUUCUCAGGAACUGAAUAAUAUAAGCAUUAUUCUAUUCACCCUUCAUGGUACAUCGUCUUCAAUUGCAACGAUUUUUAUCUACAAGCCGUAUAGAGUUUACACGAAGAACUUGCUACUUUACAGUUAGAUUUGGAAUGAGAGAACUAAAUCUAAUAAUUAUAUGUUUCAGAAAUAUUAAGACUACCGGAACGAUAG